UUACAUUCCAUCUUCCAAGAGCCAAAACACCCUCAACACCAGCAAUCUCGUACCGUUGUAGUACUUUCGGGCAUCUUCUUAGUUAUCAACACCCACAAUCUUCUUUGGUUGUAGUAGUUUUGUGUAUUAGAUAGAGCCAUGAAUACCAAAGGAGAAGAAAAGCAGCCACUUCAACAACCAGCAGGAGAAUCAUCACCAUCUGAGAAGUGGGGCACUAAGUACAUGGGUCCACCUGCUCCACCAUCAGCCCACCCCCUCAACCAGCAAGCAGCCACGUGGACAGCAUGGGACGAGCAGCAUCCAUACGUGCUGGGCCACACUGAAGGGGGAAAGUCCAACAACAGUCCGUUGGAAUCUGUUCUACACACCUUCAAUGAAUGGGGAAAGAAGGCAGAGACCAUGACCUCCAACAUCUGGCACAACCUUAAAACGGGUCCAUCUGUAUCUGAGGCUGCAUGGGGGAAGCUGAGCUUGACAGCGAAGGCAAUUACCGAAGGCGGGUUCGAGUCUCUUUAUAAGCAGACCUUCCCGACGGACCCCGUCGAGAAGCUGAAGAAGACAUUCGCAUGUUAUCUAUCAACAUCGACCGGCCCGGUCGCCGGGACCCUCUACCUGUCGAACGUCAACAUCGCCUUCUGCAGCGAUCGGCCGCUCACCUUCACUGCUCCAUCUGGCCAGCAGGCUUGGUUCCACUACAAGGUACUUGUACCAUUGGCGAGGAUCGACUCAAUCAAUCCAGUGAUCAUGAAAGAGAAUCCAUCAGAGAAGUACAUCCAGAUCGGUACGAUCGACGGUCACGAUUUUUGGUUCAUGGGUUUUGUGAACUAUGAGAAAGCUUGCACUCAUCUCUCAGGGGCGUUGUCCGAUUUCGUGGCAUCGAUAAAGAGAACCGAGCCACCCGUUUCCUACCCGUAGUUUGUUAUAUUACUCUCUAGCAAGAGAGAUUUUUCUUUCAUUCUUUAUUUCUUUCACCUUCCCUUUGUUUGUUAUAUUACUCUUUCGCGAGAGAUUUUUUUUUUUCAAGUAUAUGUUUGUGUUGCUAAGAAUUACAAUUUAUUAUUAGGUGUGGGGCCUUUUUGGAAUGUGGGAUUAUAAAUGGUAUUGAAUUGCAUUAGGUGGAAUUAACACCAUUAUUGUACAA